AUGAACAAGGAAAUCCAUUCUACAGAGAUUAAGGACAGAACAAGAAGAAAGCAUUUCCCUAAAUUAGACUUAGAUGAACUAAAGCCAAAAAUCACUUUUCUUGAUAGUCUAAGUAAAAAAUUAUAAAUUCAUUUUGUAGUGUAGAAAAAGUAUCAAAUCAACACAAAUGUGAAUUAAUAUAAAAUAGGGAAAGUGUAUUUGGAAUCCUAAAAAGAGAGAGUAGUUUUUAGAGUGUUCUAUGAUUCAGAUUUAAAUAUAUCUUCAAUCUUCUAAAAUAAACUUAAUAAAACAACUGUUGAUGAUGAUAUGAUGACUACUUAUUCAUAAAUCUCUUAUGCUAGAAAACAGAAUUAAAAGCAUUUAAUUAGAAGGAUUUAUGAAAAGGAGAAAUAUCCAAAUUGUAAUAAAGAGUCUGUAGAGGAAAUGGAAGAAUCUUUAUUUGGAUCUGAUGAGGAACCUGAGGUUUAUUGCAAUUCCAAUGAAGAUUUAAAAACUCUCGAGUUUAUUUAAUCAUAGUGA